GAGAAAAUUGCUUCCUGACCCCAAAGUGGUGAUCAGCAUUACCAUGGGCAUGUAAGCAGUUCUCUGGCUCUGUACCAGCAUGUAGACCUCACUUAUUGUAUGCCACAAAAACUAAGCACUGAUGGGGUACUAAAAGCUCAUACUGAGCUUUAGCUUUUCAAAUUCUCUCUCUACAAGCACUGGUUAUUUGUUUAUAUCCAUCCUUGGUUAUAAGGCCCUCCUUCUGUUCCUAAAUGAUUUUUUUUUUUUUUAGUUCUUAGGUUUAGAAAACUAUAUAUGGAGCCACCUUGACUUCUUUAGGCUCCUUCAGUUUUUCCUUCUCAUAGGAAUCGUUUGUGAUUGUGGUGUCAAUAUUUCCAUUUUAACAAACUCCCAUUCCUCUUGAACUCUCUUCUCCUUAAGUAUUUCUAACCAUGGGAUUCUACCCAGCAUAACUUUGUCAAAAUUUGCUUUCCUGAAGUCCAACCUAUAUGUCUGUCUAUGUACAGCUUUUCCUUUCCCCAGGUCUGUAAAUUCCAAAAUUGCAUGGUUGCUACUACUCAAGGUGCCCACUAUUUCCCUUUUGGUGAGAAUCAGGUUUUCCCUUUUGGUGAGAAUCAAGCCCAAGAUAGCAGAUCCCUUUGUUUCCCUCUCCACUUUCUGGGAAAUGAUGUUGUCAACAAGACAAGUCAGGAAUUUAUUUGACCUUUCAUUUUUAGCAGAGUUGGACUUCCAACAGAUACCCGGGUAAUUGAAAUCUCCCAUGACCCAGGCCGACUGCAUGACCCCAUGCUCUGAUGAUGCCCGUGCAUCAGAACAAGAGAGCUCAAAGAGAAUCUCCAGGAGCAAAAGAGGCUUCACCUUUGAAGGCUUCACCCAGGAGCAGAAGAGGUUUCACCUUUGAAGGCUUGCCUUCAAGGAAGAGAAUGGGCUGUGACCAGAACUGUGGCCUGUUAGCUGCUGCAAUCAUUGGUGCAAUUGUGGCUGUACUUGGAGGUGCCCUGAUACCAGUUGGAAACUAUUUCAUUGAGAAGGCAAUAAAAAAGGAAAGAAUAAUUGAAAAAGGUACAAUUGCAUAUGAAAACUGGAUUGUACCUGGAAGUGCUGUCUACAGACAGUUCUGGAUCUUUAAUGUGGAGAACCCAUCAGCAGUGAUGGAGAAUGGGUCACGCCCAAUUCUGAAACAAAGGGGCCCUUACACGUACAGGGUGCGGUUUUUACCCAAACAAAAUAUCACUGAAAAUCCAGACUUGACGUUGUCUUACUUCUUGCCAAACAUUGCUCGCUUUGAACCUGCUCUUUCAAUUGGGCCAGAAAACGACACUUUCACCGUUGUCAACCUUGCACUUGUAACUGCACCUGUCCUGUACCCAAAUAAUUUUGUACACAUGCUGUUGAAUGUUUGGAUGAAGUCUUCAAAGUCAUUCCUGCUUCAGAACAGAACAGUGAAUGAAUUGCUCUGGGGUUAUGAAGAUCCUUUUUUGAAGAAAGUUCCCUUUCCAACUGAUAAGAAAGUGGGAAUUUUCCUUCCAUACAAUGAAACACUUGACGGCCUUUACACUGUCUACAGCGGAAAAGAUAAUAUAUACAAGACUGCACUAAUCCAGAGCUAUAAAAACAAGAGCACCCUGUCAUUCUGGGAAGGUUCUUGUGACAUGGUCAAUGGGACAGAUGGGGCAUCAUUCCCCCCUUUUGUCAGGAGGGAUGAUGUGCUGCGUUUCUUCUCUUCUGACAUCUGCAGGUCCUUUUAUGGGGAGUUUGAUAGUGAUCAGGUUGUGAAGGGAAUCCCCCUCUAUCGCUUCAUAGUGCCUCCAGGAGCUUUUGCCUCACCCCUCAUCAAUCCGGAAAACCUCUGCUUCUGCCUAGAGAAAGUUAUUUCAAUGAACUGCACAAUAGCUGGGGCUCUGGACAUCAGUACAUGUAAACAAGGCAAGCCAGUGGUGAUUACACUGCCUCACUUAUUGUAUGCAAGUGAAGAAAUCAGGGAAGGUGUUGAAGGAAUGAACCCAAAUAAAGAAGAGCAUAUGACUUAUUUAGAUAUUGAGCCAACAACAGGGUUUACAUUACAAUUUGCCAGUAGGCUGCAGAUCAACUUAGUCGUGAGACCUGCUCCAAAAAUUAUGGCUUUACAGAAGGUAAAGAUUCCUUUCCUCUUUCCCAUUCUCUGGCUCAACGAGACAGCAAUAAUUGAUGACAGGAACGCAGAGUUCUUCCGAUCCAAGGUGACAAAUAAGAUCAAAUUGCUACAACUGCUAGAAGCCGUGCUCAUUGUCUUUGGUGCUGUGAUAUUCCUGGGAUUCCUGGUCUCGUAUUUAAUUUGCAGCACACAGAAAGUCAAAUAAGUAUCCCAUGGCUGCAGCUGAAGGCAUUGGCUUUCAAGCAAGGCGGGGGAUGUAACUUCCAGAUAACCCCUCUGAUGGCAUUACUGCACUCUUGUAAGUGCAAGUACCAUAUGCGUUAUGGCAAGGCGUAUAUAGUAUCUGGACUGAGGAUAAGGACCACCUGCUGUUCAGGAGAGCUAUUUCACUGUUGUUGGAGAGACUGCUGAGAUAAUGUGAAUUCAUGGAUGAACUUUUAAGCUGGAGAUCUGGAAUCCAGUCCAUACCAAACUUGCCUCUGUUUUGUCCCUCCUUAUUUCUCCCCUUGGAAAUGAAAGCCAAAUGAUGCAAAUAGGAUUGUGUCCCUGCCUUCAAAUCUAUGUGUAAUCUUAUUUCCCCUUCCUCCUGUCCUGUAAAGAAGAGAACGUGUUGACUGCCCUCUUCUUUCAGAGCUGUGAUUUUUUUAAAAAAAAGUAUAAGUUUAUUAUAUGGAUUCAUUAACUAUUGCAUAGGAAUGGCCAGUAAACGAGUUAUUGGAAAGUAACUCUAGUAAAAAAAAAGAAA